CGGUAUUGAAAGGAACGUCCAGAAAGACCUCUCCGUUCUGGAAGGUUGCGGAGAGCAGAGUUGAUGACUGUUUGAUUGAUUCUUUUAGUGAAGGAUUAUUCUCUUCUUGUGAUUUGGUAAGACUCUGGAAGUGCUGGGUCCAUGCCUGUAGGAGUUGUGAUGGAUCAGAGACCAGGGCUCCAUUCACACGAAGACGUGUACAUAACCGGAGAUGAUGGGAGUUGGCUCUGAGCGUGCAUGGCGCGCGCAUGCGCACAACGGAAGAAGUGGGCGGGACAGGACGUUUAGUUCAAAGGUUAGCCUCCAUCGAUCACUGAACCUUCUUCUCGGCCUAAUAUAUACCAGUAGCUGAAUGCUAAUCACUGAUGGAGGGAAGUGAUGUAGCAGAUAGCUGGGAAGAUGCCGACACGGAGGACUUAGAGAAACGUAUGGAAUUACGACAGAGACACUCUGAAUCAAGGUGUGUUAGUAGUGAUUCGUCGUCCCAGGCUGCCGGGAGUGUUAUUCAGCAGCCUCCACUACGGGUUUCAGAGUGGAAAGGGACACAGUAUGUUCCACCUGUGAAAAUUCUGAAGAGACCAGCGGGUGACACUACAUCUACUGAAAAAUCAUCAGUUGAAGCUGAGUAUAAAUCAUUAGCACAGAGGGAAGCAGAAUAUGCGACUGCAAGGGCAAGGAUUCUUGGCACUUCAUCAAAAGGAAAGUGAGUGGUGAAUCUUUAAGUUGCAUAGUACGAUUAUUCUCUUUCAUACAGUUCAUCGAAAAGAGAAACUAGAACAGUGGACAAUUAGUUUUGUGUUCCACCAGCAAUUAUUUGUUUGUUGUUUUUAAGUUAUGCCAAAGUACUAAACGCAGAUAAAAUGAAGAUUCAGUAUUCUAAACUUUAAACUUUGAUUUUGCCCAUUGGUUGCUUUUCUGCUGGUAGUUUUCUGUGAACUUGUGGGGUGGUGUUUCUUAAAUGUGGGUAGGUAGGCAUCAUUGCUGGCUCUAUUGGUAGAGGCUUCUCCCUGAAAUACAAACUCUUUCUUGACUUUCUGCCUGUACUUCUUUUUUCAGGAUCAUAAGUAAGAAGAUCAUUCAAGAGUAAACUUCCUGCAUCAGAGAGCCAAUGAAACUUUUGUUUGAGAUUGUUGUAAGGCUGCGUUUGAAGUAUAAUCUGCUUUGCCAUAGGAAGCAAUGAGUAUCCUGGCCAUAUUGAUUCAUUAGGUGUUCCCAACAGUUUAAUGAUUAGAUCUAUCAUCUGCUGCUCCGAUUUUCCAGGAAGUAAUGGCUUGUUGCUUAACAGCUCUCCAAAAAUACAACCAGCUGCCCACAUAUCAAGUGCUGAUGUGUAGGUUGAUAACCCAAACAACAACUCGGGUGCCCUAUACCAAAGAGAAACCACAGUAGGGGUAAGUUGCUUUGAUGGAUACCCGCUGCAUCGACCUAGUCCAAAGUCAGCAAUUUUAAGACAGCCUUUGUCAGUUAGAAGUAAGUUAGACACUUUGAGAUCACGAUGAAUGAUGUAAUUCUGAUGCAGAUACUCAAGUCCAUCUAAGAGCUGUAUCAUAAUGCAUUUUACUUGAGACUCUGUAAAUGGGACUUUCAUGUUGUCUAUUAGAGAUGCAAUGUCUUGCUCACAAUAUUGCAUCACCAAAAACAUAUUAUCCAGAUCUUUUCCUACCACAACAUCACGCAGUUCUACAAUGUUCCUAUGUUUGAGCUUCAUGAGGAGACCGAUCUCCCUUACACUACAUAUAGGUAGCCCUUCCUUCUCUCUGUCCAUUCGUAUCUUUUUCAGCGCCACUACUUCACCACUCCUCAGAUCCCUAGCACAAUAUACAAUCCCAUACGUGCCUUCACCAACACGGUUUAACUUUUCGUAAUCCGAAACACUUCUGCAGACCCCUAAUAUUUCGUACUGUGGUAUGCUUUGUUGUUCAAGAGCAACAGGACAGAGCACAACAUGCUUUGGCAGACUCUUGGCGGCCAUCGCAGACACUCCGUCUUCCCUGUUUUAUCUAGUCUCAACUCGAGGUCGUGAUGACGGCACUAUAUAGAACUUACGUUCCGGCGCGCCACACUUCGCGUUGCUCACAGCGCUGCUAUAGGAUUGGCUAUAGUCGCGGUUGGGGUGAAAGGUCAUAAGUGUCGUGCGCUAUU